AUGAAGAAGAAGGCCAAGCGGCGCGCUUUGCAGUCCCUGGAGGUCGGCGCGGAGGAGUCUGGGACCAUCGUGGAGGUCUCCCUGAAUGAUGGCCUGCGAGUGGACAUUGGCGCCGAGAUUGACGUGCUGGUACCCCUAUCGAUCCAGGGCCGGGAAGAUGCGCCGGCGAAGGUUGCAAAGAACUAUCCGCUGAAGAAGAAACUCGUGGUGAAGAUCGAGGAAGUCUCCGCAGAUCCUGCUCGAAGAUUUCCCGUGAUCGCCAGCGUGAAGAAGGAGCCACUGCAGUCCCUAGAGCAAGCUCAGACUGCUCUGCGGCCGCAUGGUGGGGCAUCUGAUAGAUCUCGAAGCGAAGGGGUGGAGCUUUCGAAGCUGGAUGAUUGGCAACCGGCAGGCCCAUUAGAAGUUCGAGAGGAGCUCGAG